AAAAUCAAUAUUUAGCAUUUGAUAUUCUUCAAGAUGUCAACAUAUUGUGUAAGCUUGAUCAAGAAUUCCAACUUGUUUUUAAAGAUAAAAGAAGAAAAAGAGGCAAUGGUGUCAAUUCUUGAAAAUGUUGAUUCCACUUUUUCAAAAGGAGAAAAAGAUCAUCAUGAGCAAGUGAUCAAAGAUCAACCAAUUAAAAUAUUUGAUUGGAGUUCAAUUUUAUCUCCUUCAAAGAAUGAAGAUUCAUCUAAUAAGCUAAUUCCAACUAAUCCUUAUGUCCAUCCUCUUGACAAAAGAUCAACAAAUUCUUUGAGUGAAAAAAGUCUUGAAAUUUGUACUGAGAGUCUUGGAUCAGAGACUGGCUCUGGCUCUGAUUGCUUUCCCUCUUCACCUACUUCUGAGCACGAAGGCUCAGAUGAUGACAAAGACAAUCAUCAUCAUUACCACCAUCACCAUCAACAACAAUAUUUUGUUGUCUCAGAAUCCUCUGAGGAUUUUCAUGUUUAUAAUCAUAGCAAGAGAUUGAUAUCUUCUUGUAGAUCCUUUCCUCCUUCUCUUCCUUCUGUUCACAUGCAAUCACAUAGACAAAAUGGUAGAUUGAUUCUAGAAGCGGCUUCUGUUUCACCUAACAAUAGUCUCCAUACCCAACGCCUUGACGGCCACCUUCUUCUCACCCUCAUCAAUCAAAAUAAUUCCGAACUAGAAAUAGACAAAUCAUGUGAGGAUGAAGUUGAAGAGUUUGAGCAAGUAUUUGGCGAUAUUCAAGAAGUUGAAGGUAAUGAAAUACCCCACUCAGAUAGUGGUGGUGAUGAAGAAGAAGAAUCUGAAGAAGAGGAAGAGGAUGAGGGCUCUAUGAUGGAACAAAGUCCAAGAUUGUCAAGUGAGGUGACAAAUGUCAACAAAGCUUCCAUGAUGAUCCUAGAGAAAAAGAAUCAACUAACAUGGUCUAAAUAUACUGUCAGUUUCAACAUGACAUCUGGUUAUUUCGAUUUCAACAGUAGAUUCAACAACUCAGUAAACUUGUUGACACAAGAGGAGAGGAAUACUAAUAACCUUAGAGAAUGUUACACUUAUCCUUCAUCCAUUUCACAGUCACUUCCUCAAUCACCAUCACCAUCACCGGCGGCUACAACCUCAUUAAAUGCCUAUGAAUACUUUUGGAGGAAGAAACCAACAAUGGCAAACAUUGUCAAUAAUUCCACUAUUACCAAGUACUACUACUACAACAAUAAGCAAGUUGGUGUAGUAACAACAACUAAUGGUAUUGAUACCACAACCACAAGUACUGCAAAGAUAUCAACAUGUACACAAGACUUGGUGCUAAUUAAAGAGAAUAAGGCAUCAAUUAUGAACAACAAUUUGGGGCCUCUAUUGAGAAGUUGCAAAGAGCCAAGGAGAUCUCUAAUAAUUUGGGAGCCUUAUUGCAUUCCCACCUCCUAAUGGUGAUCAUCAUUAAUCUAAAUUAUUAAUCAAAUUAUAUGAUAAAUGAAUAUGUAGUUAGUCAUUUGCACAUAUGAUUUUCCUCUCUUAGUUUUUACUCUUUUUGUCAAAAAAAGAGUUUUGUAUAGCCAAAUAAAAAGAAGAGAGAGAUCAAAAGA